CGAGCGCCCUAGGGGCUCUGCUUAUACACGUGACUCAGCAGGGCGGACACGCAAGAGCAACGCAAGAGGGACAAAACUCUCACCUCUCCCCUUUUGUCUCUGCGGCUCCGGCAGGCCACAGCUUACUCCGCGUGAACAAUUGUGGCUCUUCCUGUGUUCGCGGCGGGCAAUGCGAUGGCAGAGCGAAGACGACAACUGGUGGAAGAUGCUGGGACCGAGAUGUGGGAGGCCCGCAUACUCGCCACCGCGACUCUACUUGCAGUGUCGCAAACGACGCCCAUUAGUCAUUCCACCGAGAUCCGCGGUUGACACAGGUUGGCCACCUCAUAAUCCGGGGAAAGGGCCUUCGGCCAAACUCAAGUCCCUAUCGGUAUCCCGGUGCAUUUGUCAGACUCCCUGUCAUCGCUCCCCCCGACCUCGGGAAGUCUCGUGUGGUUCCUCACUUACGCGGUGCGUCCUCGUACCACUCUUGCUGGCUAUCUGGUACUACGACAACUGCUCGACUUAUACGCCUGUCCGCCGUGGACACUGCUCUGUUUCGCCGGCGCAGUAUGUACAGCCCUGCUAUCAUUUCAGUGUUUGGCAGGCGCGAUUGACGCGUGGUUUAAUUAUCAAUUACCUUGAAAAUUCACAUCCCACAGAAAGGCUGCGCGUUACACUGCAUCACAUGCUGACCAAAAGGACGGAAGGAGGAUUGAAAAUGGACCGCAUGCGGUUUGCUUUCGGUCUAGAUCAGCCCAUGGUACACGUCGUCAGCGCCGGGAGUGGCUUCCAUCGAAUUGAAGGUGCAGGUACCUUUUUCAACUGAAAGACGACGCGUUGAAAUGUAUCCGCUCCGUCUUGCGCCAAGCGUAGUUGGUUGUGGUGUGCUUUCCCAUGGGAAGUUCUGUAUCAACCCAGUUCGGACGUGCAGAUACACUAUAUAUUGAGGUGCGGUCUGUGCGGUACAAACACGUUCCCCGGGCCAAUUGGUCUGUUCAUGUGCGUCCGCCGUGU